AUGGGUCGUGUAAUUCGGGCUCAACGUAAAGGUGCCGGUUCGGUAUUCGUAUCACACACUAAGAAAAGGAAAGGAGCACCUAAACUUCGUUCAUUGGAUUAUGCUGAACGCCAUGGUUACAUUAAGGGUGUCGUAAAGGACAUUAUUCACGAUCCUGGUCGUGGAGCUCCACUAGCUGUGGUGCAUUUCCGUGAUCCAUACAAGUUCAAAACACGCAAGGAACUCUUUAUCGCACCUGAGGGUCUCUACACAGGGCAGUUCGUAUAUUGUGGAAAGAAAGCUACACUUGAAGUUGGAAAUGUAAUGCCAGUGGGUGCUAUGCCUGAGGGUACAAUUGUGUGUAACUUGGAAGAGAAGAUGGGUGACAGAGGUCGGCUAGCUCGUGCGUCUGGCAAUUUCGCUACUGUAAUUGGCCACAAUCCUGAUGCUAAGCGUACUAGAGUAAAGCUUCCCUCUGGUGCCAAAAAAGUAUUGCCUUCCAGCAAUAGAGGAAUGGUUGGUAUCGUUGCUGGUGGUGGACGUAUUGACAAACCUAUCCUCAAGGCUGGACGUGCCUACCACAAAUAUAAGGUGAAGCGUAACUGUUGGCCUUAUGUGCGUGGUGUGUCCAUGAACCCUGUGGAGCAUCCUCACGGCGGUGGUAACCAUCAACACAUUGGUAAGGCAUCCACUGUCAAGAGAGGAACAUCAGCUGGUCGCAAAGUUGGUCUUAUUGCAGCCCGCAGAACUGGAAGAAUCCGUGGUGGCAAGACCGAGACCAAGAAGGAGACA